UAUGCAUCUUUCACAGCGUUUUGCUAAGUUAAUUGCGAGUAUUGACAUUUCGUAUAGUAGCUGUCGCGUGGUGGGUGUCGUAUUAUCAGUGAAACGUAAAUAGUAACGUUACGUGAAGUAUAAUUCUGUAAUUACAUGAACUAUACACUUUAAAUUAGUACAUACUGCUAAGAUUACGUGAAACAAAAUUUGUGACAAUGAAAUUUUGAAAUUGUUUUAUAGAUUUAUGUACGAUACCAUACGACUUUACAACAUAGUAAUGUUUUAGACAGUGUUAGUCCUGCUAACUCGUUGCAUAUAUUAGUUGUAUUGUUUGCAACAUGUCAACUCUGGAGGAUAAGAUUCUAGGAGAAAAGUUGCAAUACUAUUGCAGUAGUUCCAGCGAAGAUGAAGGAAAUGAUUCAGUAGAUUCUGAUAAAGAAUCAGACAACGACAAAUAUCAGGGAACAAUCACAGAGUCUUUAGAGCCAUCAUUUUCGGAAUGGGAUGGUACUUCUAGUAACACAGGACCAAAGGGUGUUAUAAAAGAUUGGCAACGCUAUAAACAAUUAGAAGCUGAAAAGAGAGAAGAACAAGAAAAAGAAAGACUACAGUUGAUCAAAAAAUUGAGCUUAAGUUGUCGUAGUUCCUUAGAUGAAGAGAAGGAGAAAAUUUUGCAAACUGAUCCUGAUCUUGCUGAGUUGCUGACAGAUGAGUUUCUCUUGGAAUAUCAGAGACAUAGAAUGAAGGAAAUGAUUGCUCAAGCAGAAAAGCUACGUUUUGGCAGAGUUAUUAAUCUAGAAACAGCAGGUCAUUUUUUUGAAGCAAUUGACAAUGAAAAUAAAUCUGUAACAGUUGUUGUGCAUGUUUAUGAAAAUAAUGUGCCUGGCUGUGAAGCUAUGAAUGGAUGUUUAAUAUCCGUUGCAGAAGACUAUCCUUUUGUAAAAUUUUGUAAAAUUCUAGGUUCUGUGGCUGGUCUCAGUAGACAUUUUCAAAGACAAGGAGUCCCAGCUUUGUUAGUUUACAAAGCAGGUCAAAUAAUAGGGAAUUUCAUACAUGUAACGGAUUACUUAGGAGUAGAUUUUUAUUCGUCGGACGUUGAAGCUUUUUUAAUAGAACAUGGCAUGCUGACUGACAAAAAUUGUGUACCUGCCAUUAUCUCGCGAAACGAGGAUACGCUGUCGGACAGUGAAUAAAAAAACAAUGGACAAACUUUUUUUAAUAA